UUAACACCCCUGAUUCAACAUGGCUGCUCCCAGGCCAACGGAAGUCUUCAAAAUGACAUUUGUUUGUUGAAACGCAAGAGAACGCGUUAAGAUUUCGUUAGUUCACGCAGUUAAAUUAUUAUCGAUAUUCGCAAAAGUUGAAUUGACAUUUCGUUUUACAUAUCCGUAUUCUAAUAUAAAGACUCACACACGAUUUUUUCUAUUCGUUUUGCGAAUGUUCCCUAACACUACUUGGCAGAUGCAAGUAUUGUGCAGUGUUUUGUUAUUAAAAUAUUAUUUAAAACUGUAUCUUUGUUGCGUCUUCAGGACAUGAGACAAUGAUGCCACUAAAGGAUAACCAGGAUGUUGCAUGCUUUCUGGUCACCAAACACUCAUGGAAAGGGAAGUACAAACGUAUUUUUUCUAUUGGAUCCAUGGGUAUUACAACAUAUAAUCCUGGGACCUUAGAGGUCACUAAUAAAUGGGAAUACUCUGAAUUUAUUAGUGUACAACCUACAAAUAAACAUCAGUUGGGUUCCUGUGAAUUCAGCAUAACUAUGCGGAAAGAACGUAAAGUUGAUACAAUGAAAUUUAGUUCAGAACAUAGAGCACAUUUGUUAACAGAAGCACUUAAAUAUAGAGGUCAGUUUGCAGAGAAAUCAAAAGAAAUUUUGAAAUAUCAAGCUUAUAAACGCCAUUGGUCUGAUACAAAUUUACCAAUAGUAUUGGAAGUAACUCCAUACAGUCUUGAUCAGUUGGAUCCUACAACGAACAUGCUACUUUCCAGUUAUUGUUAUAAGGACUUUGAAGGCAUCGCUACGAUGAAAGACUUUCCUAAUGGAUUUGCGAUUGUUUGCGGUGGAUUUGGACGUUUACAUCUUUUUUCAUCUGAUAAGAUGGAAGAAAUAAAAAAGAAGCUAUUGGAAUCUGCAAUAAAUAAUUUAGGAAUCAGUAUAAAAGUUUUAAAGGAACCAAUAGAAACAAAAGAUUUUGUUGCACAAAGAUUAGGCAAAUUCAGUAAUGAUGAGCAUAUAACAAGCGGAUCAGAAUUUACUGUUCAUAAAAUUUCACCUAGAUAUAAAGGACUACAAAAAAGAACACUUUGUCUUUCUGAUACUUGCUUAUUGGAAAGGGACCCACAGACGUAUAAUAUUUGUACUCUUAGGCCACUAUCAGACAUUUUUGCCCUUAUUCGUGAUAAUGAAAAUCCACAAUUGUUUACGAUACAAUAUUUAAAUGGACAAACAAGAAGUUACACUGCAACGGACAGAGAUUCCCUAUUAGCUUCAUUACUUGAUGGUGUAAGAGCAUCUGGAAAUAGAGAUGCUCAUGUAAGAAUGCAUCCAAUUGCAAGAGGAAAAAGACUAGGACCUUUUAAUUUGCCCGUUGAUGAAGAAGUAGAAAUAUCUCAUAUUAAAUUCUUACAACAACCACCAGGAGGACGUACUUUUGCAGAAAUUUUGGAAAGGUUUAAUGCCAAUAUACCGUAUAGUGGUCUCAAUUAUUCAAUAACUCAAGAUGGACUUUUUACUGAGAAUAAAGAGAAAAUUAUACUUGCUGCCUUAAGCACCUUAGUACAUAAAGAGCUAGAAGGGAAUGACGAGAUCGAAGCACAAUUUCAUGCUAUACGAAGAUUAGUAGCAAGUAAAGUUGGAUUCACUGCAUUCACUUCUUUUCCUGGAUUUAGAGAAGCUAUUGGUACUAGAGUUGUAAAGGCAUUAAAGAGAGAAGAUUGCGGUGUUACACAGGCUGCUAUAGAUUGUAUAUGUGCGCUUAUGCAACCAAUGCAUGAUGAUUGUGACCUAAGGCAAGAACAAUUAAACAAAAGCAGUCUUCUUAGUAGUAACAAAUUUUUAGAAAGUUUACUUGAAAUGUGGAUUAAUCAUAUUAAUCAUGGCACUGGUGCUUUAGUAGUUUCUGCCAUGCUUGAUCUAUUAACUUUUGCAUUAUGUGUACCAUAUAGUGAAACUACGGACGGCAAACAUUUUGACAACCUUUUAGAAAUGGUUGCAGCAAGGGGUAGAUCUCUUUUCAAAUUAUUUCAACAUCCGUCACUGGCUAUUGUUAAAGGAGCUGGUUUGAUAAUGAGAGCAAUUAUAGAAGAGGGUGCACCUGAGGUGGCUGCAAAAAUGCAAGAAUUAGCUCUUGCUGAAGGAGCUUUACCAAGGCAUCUUUUAUAUAGUCUCUUUACUAUUGGCAAUGAUAAUAGACUUCUGACACAUAGACAACUAUGUAGACAUUUAGUAGGAUUAUGGGUGACAGGACAUCCUACAGCUAUGGGAUUAUUAAAACGAAUUAUGCCCGUCGGUUUGCUAAAUUAUUUAGACUCCAACGAAAAAGUUCCUGAUUCAUUUCUCGAAGAAGAAAGAUUAAAUAAUCGUGAUAAUUUAAAAAUAGCAAUAGACCAUGCAUCGAAGAAUAAAAAAAGUCAGCAGUGGAUUAUGAUCGAACGUCAAAUGCGAUUAGUAGAGAAACAUGUGGAGCAUGCUCUUCAACACUGGGGUGCACGCGUUGGUAUAGAAAGACGAGAAAAAAUCAAAGAACGUCCAAUAGUUUUAAGAAAACGCAGAGAAAGAAUUAAGUCUGAAGCAAACUGGAAAUUGUUUUAUUACAAAUUCAAUCAAGAUCAUUCGUUACCUAAUUUAAUAUGGAAUCAUAAGACAAGAGAAGAAUUAAGAACUGCUCUCGACCAUGAGAUACGUGCAUUUACCUCGGAUAAAGAAUUAGCAGGUGGAACCUUAAUUGCAUGGAAUUACAGAGAAUUCGAAGUGCAAUAUCAGUGCCUAUCAGAUGAAGUCAAAAUUGGAGAUUAUUACUUGAGGCUGCUAUUAGAAAGAGAUAGCCCAGAGAGUCCGAUUCGAAAAUCAUAUGAAUUUUUUAAUGAUUUAUACCAUAGAUUCUUGUUAACAACAAAAGUCGAAAUGAAGUGCCUUUGCUUGCAAGCAAUGACUAUAGUGUAUGGACGAUAUUACGAAGAUAUUGGACCAUUCUCAGACACAAAAUAUAUAGUAGGAAUGUUGGAUCGGUGUACCGAUAGAAUGGAGCGUGAUCGAUUAGUUAUGUUCAUAAAGAAACUCAUUCUACACAGAAGAAACGUUAAAGAGAUAAUGGAUCAGAACGGUGUACGAGCGCUUGUAGAUCUUUUAACAUUAGCACAUUUACAUACUUCUCGUGCUGUGGUACCCACGCAAACUAAUGUCAUAGAAGCAGGUCCACAACAAGAGAGGAUAAUGGAAAAAGAAUGGUAUUAUAACGAUAGCGAUACGCGUAAGGGUCCUAUAAGUCUAAAGGAUUUGAAAAGUUUAUAUACGACAAAUAAGAUAACUUAUAAAACAAAGGUUUGGGCACAAGGAUUGGAUGGAUGGAGAAUGAUAUCUCAAGUACCACAAUUGAAAUGGACUUUAGUUGCAAGAGGAAUUCCAGUAAUCAAUGAAAGUGAAUUAGCAACUUUGAUUUUAAAUAUCUUAAUUAAAAUGUGCGAAUACUUUCCAAGUAGAGACGCGGAUGAUGCUGUUAUUAGACCAUUACCACGUGUCAAACGUCUCUUGUCGGAUCUUCAAUGUUUGCCACAUAUUGUACAACUCUUACUGACCUUCGAUCCCGUAUUGGUCGAAAGAGUCGCUACAUUAUUGUGUGAAAUAAUGCGUGACAAUGCAGAUGUCUCCAAAAUUUAUCUCACCGGUGUCUUUUACUUUAUAUUGAUGUACACUGGUUCCAAUGUUCUACCUAUAGCAAGAUUUUUACAAUUGACACACACCAAACAGGCUUUUAGAAGCGAUGAUAACAUAUCUUCCGACAUUAUGCAACGAAGCAUUCUUGGUCAACUUUUACCCGAUGCCAUGGUGAGCUAUUUAGAGAAUCAUGGUGCAGAGAAAUUUGCACAAAUAUUUCUAGGUGAUUUUGAUACUCCGGAAGCAAUUUGGAAUGCCGAAAUGAGAAGAAUGCUUAUAGAAAAGAUAGCCGCACAUAUUGCCGAUUUUACCCCGAAAUUAAGAAGCCAUACCAUGGCCAAAUAUCAAUAUAUCGCUAUACCUGCUGUGAGGUAUCCACAAUUAGAAAAUGAAUUAUUUUGUCAAAUAUUUUAUCUUCGGCAUUUGUGCGAUACUGUCAAAUUUCCGCAAUGGCCUAUACCUGAACCUGUGCAAUUAUUAAAAGACGUAUUGAAUGCAUGGAAAAAAGAGGUAGAAAAGAAACCACCUUUAAUGACAGUCGAUGAGGCUUACAAAGUAUUAGGUUUGCCUGUUGGAGAACAACACAAUGAAGCAAAUGUUAGAAAAUCAUAUUACAAAUUAGCUCAAAUGUAUCAUCCUGAUAAAAAUCCUCAAGGCAGAGAUAAAUUUGAGGCAGUUAAUCAGGCAUACGAAUUUUUAUGUAGUCGCAGCUGUUGGACUACCGACGGUCCGAAUCCUGAUAAUAUAGUACUUAUUUUGAGAACACAAAGUAUUCUUUUUCAUAGAUAUGCAGAAGAACUUAGGCCAUAUAAAUAUGCUGGUUAUCCACAGUUAAUUAAGACGAUCAAAUUAGAAUCGGAUGAUGAACGUUUAUUUUCAAAGUCUGCACCAUUGUUGGCUGCUGCUAGUGAACUUGCAUAUCAUACGGUUCAUUGCUCCGCUUUAAACGCGGAAGAAUUACGAAGAGAAGACGGUUUAGAGGUUUUACUUAAUGCUUAUACUCGAUGUGUUUCGGUUUUGAACAAAUCAAGUAAAUCUAACGAUAUCGCGGUACAAGUAUGUAUGCACAUUACCAAAUGUUUCGCUGUUGCUGGAUCAUUUAGUGGAUGCAGAGAUAAAAUUAUAGAGUUACCACAAUUGGUUAAAGAUUUGUGCAGAAUAUUACAUUUCAGACAUUUGACAAAGUUAUGUUCGGUUGCUACCGAAUGUGUUUCAUCGCUUGCUACAGAUAGCAUUCUACAAAUGGAAUUAUUUAAAUCUGAUGCUUUGUGGCAUCUGUUGCUGUUUAUGUUUAAUUAUGAUUAUACGUUAGAAGAAGGUGGCGUCGAAAGAACUCAAGAUGAGAAUAGACAAGAAGUUGCUAAUAAUUUGGCAAAAUUAGCUGUUAAGGCUUGUGCCAGACUAGGUGGUUACAUGACGAAAGAAAACAAAACACCUAAUAAUUCUAUCAUAGUAAAUGCUUUAGAAAAACUUUUAACGCCUUAUCUUGCUCGUCAGCUUAGCAAAGAUAAACCUGAAGAAAUAUUAAAGACAUUAAAUUCUAAUUGUUCAAACCCAUAUUUAAUUUGGGACAAUGGGACUAGAGCAGAGUUAAACGAGUAUCUAGAAGUUAAGCGAUUAGAGAGAUUGAAUGGUAACGAAAAUUUCGAACAUGAUUUCGGUAAUUUUAAGUACAGUGCUCAUGCUGGAGAAUUAAUUAUUGGUGAAAUAUUUGUUAAAGUAUAUAAUGAACAACCAGUUUUUCCUAUAGAGGAUCCAAAAAGCUUUACAAUCAAUUUGCUCGAGUUUCUGUCCAAAUCAUCGGAUUAUUUAGCUCCCCUUGGAAAUGUUACUUUAGGCAAGGAAUAUAAAGAGAAAUUGGAACACGUUGUAAUGGCUCUAGAAGCAUUAAGAAACGUAAUUAAAAAUAAUCCUGGUAUAGAACUACAGUGUAUGGGCCAUUUUAAGCUAUUAUUUGGAUUAGUUAAUUGUAACAAUUGCAAAUUGGUGCAAAAAAGUGCGCUUGAAGUAAUCAGUAACGUAACUAAAAAUCAAGAAUGUGUUAGUGAUAUCGCAGCGAACGAAGUUAUAGUACAUUUACUAUUAUGCUUGCAUAGUCUAAAAGAGUAUCAACUUCUUGCAUUGGAAACUUUAUAUGCACUGAUGAGUUCAACGAAGAUAGUGAAAGAUGCACUGGACAAAGGAGCUGUUGUUUAUGUCCUUGAUUUAUUCUGCAAUUCAAGUAAUAUUCAGGUACGAGAAACAGCGGCUGAAUUGCUCGCCAAAAUGUCUUCAGAUAAAUUGGCUGGGCCAAAGGUGAAAAUAGAGCUAUCUAAAUUUUUACCCAGGUUAUUUAGUGAAGCUAUUCGUGAUUCACCUAAGCAAUGUGUGCACAUGUUUGAAACGAAACACGAAAAUCCAGAAUUAAUUUGGGACGAUGAAUCUAAAGGACGAGUUUCAAGAAUUAUUGCUGAAUUAAAAGAUGAAUAUUUCGCAUUGCAAAGACGCAAUCCUAACGAGAAAUUGAAUGUACCAGAGGCUCAAAAGAAUAUUGAUAUCGCUACAAAUGAACCUAUAGUAGGCGGCGUAUACCUCAGAUUAUUUAUAGCUAGUCCUGCAUGGGCUCUUAGAAAGCCUAAAGAAUUUUUAAAUGAACUUAUGGACACUAUUCUAACACUUAUGUCGAAAGAAAAGACUGACCCGGAGAUGUUAGAGCUUACAACACAAGCUUUGGUGUGUUUAUUACAAGUGCAACCGAUAUUAGCAGAUCAGGUACCAUCGUUAGGUCAUAUACCACGACUAUGUAAGCAAAUGGCUAUACAAAACAAUCAACCUUCCGUAUACAAAACAGCAAUAUUAAUAUUACACCAAUUAGCUACCAGCGAGAUUUGUAUAUCAUCUAUUUGUCAAACAGAGUGUAUAAGUCCAUUAAAACAUGCUAUGCAAUCCAGACGGGAUAUGAUAGCAAUAGCAUGCGAGACUUUAAAUAGAUUAUUUUCAACGAAUGAGGAUAGACUUAUUAAACAGGCACUGGAAGCUGAAAUGGUGCCAUAUCUCUUAAAUAUAUUGGAAGGACGGUUAGAUGUUAUCGAUAAUCCAGCUACAACAAAAGCGCAAAUAGUAAAAGCUUUGAAAGCAAUGACAAAAAGUUUACUUUUAGGUGAAAAAGUUAUCGCUAUACUAGAAAGAUCUAGUGUCUGGGCAGAAUACAAAGAUCAACGACAUGAUUUAUUUAUAUCCAACGCCACUAACUCAGGCUAUUUAACAGGUAUGACAAGAUUUUCAAAUCGGUAUUUAUGUUUAAAUUUAAAUAUAAAUAUCGUGAAUAGAAAAAUAUAUCUUUUCGAUUAUUCAUCAGCUGGAACACCAGUAUCCGCUGGUUAUCUAACGGCAGGACCCAGUACGACACUUACCACAGGUCCACCACCAGUUGACAAGGAAGAUAGUUUAAUUAGAAACGAUAGCAUCUGAUAUAGGUAGCAUCGAAAGUCGUACAAAAGGCAGUGAAAUUGUCGAUGAUAAAAUUCCUGUCGGUCUAUCUUACCGAUAUAGAGAGACUACGUUGUCUGUGAUUUCUGACUUUUCAAAGAAAGGAAUAUAUUAAUUAAAUAAUAUUCGGUUAGAGCUACUUUUCUUAUCAUUAAUAUUUUAUAAGAGCACGUCAUUUCUUUGUUCUAUAAGAAUUAAAAGUAAUGUAUUAUUAUAAUUUACCUAGUUAUUUUUCUGAAAAAAUCAUUUAUUUGGUCAAACUAUGCCAAUCCAUAUAUAAAAAUUCGUUCGUUAUCAAACGUUUCCUCGAGAUAACUUUCAUGUCGUACUUGAUAGUCAUAUAAUAUGAUUUAUGUUUAUUAUAAGCGAAUGUAUACUUAUUAAUGAUCGCAAGAUAUGAUCUUGUACGAAAUAUUCAUUAAUAGUAUUUCUCAGAUAAUCGCAUAUCUAUAACUGGAAAUAUUAUUGAUGAAUAAGAUUGCAAAUAUGUAUGAAAAAAACUUUGGCCUGUCCAUUCUUUGAAAUUAUCACUAUGCAUUUUUAAUUAUUCGCAGUAAAAUCAAAAUAAAAAAAAAAAGUAAUAAUAAAAAAUUUAAAAAAAAUAACAUAAUCAUUUGUAAUACAACAAUUUCCUCUGUGAUACCAUUCUUACAAUAAAAGAAAGAUUGCAAUUCACAGAUUAUGAAAGUACAUUUAACAAGUAAUAACAUCUCAAUAAUACGGAAAACCACAUGCAUAUUCAUAAAUUUUUGUAUUUUUACUUUUUUUUUCAGCAUUGAUGCAAUUAUAAACUUAAUUAUUAGAAUGUAUGAUUUAUGUUCAUAGAAGGAUUUAUAAAACUAUCUAAUUUACAGCUAUCAAAUAUUAAGAUAACUUGUACAUGAUUAAUAUUUAUUUUUAUGGCCACUAUCACUAUAAACUACCGUCACCAUUAUUUGUAUUAUAUAAAAUAUAAUAUUUCUAUUGGUCUUUCUUCAACGAUUUUUUACGAUAUAGCCGCAGUUUAAGUAUUACGAAGUAUUCUCGUUAAUUGUUAAAUGUCAUUGUUUGGAUAUCAGUAUAAAUUUAUGGAACAUUGAACAAAGUCCAUGAAAAAAAAAGCCUGAGUAUAAACGAGAACACUGCUGUCCAUACUUCUUUGAUACGUCAUAAUGUAUAAUUUUUUGUUUGACACAAAUUUUUUUCUUUUUCUAUCGAUAUAAAAAAAUGUACAUUUUUAGCUGUAUAUCGUAGAACUUAUAAAGAUAAUCAUUGCAUCGUAAAGAUAUCCCAUAAAGCCUAACGAUUAAAAAAAUUUUCCAAUUAAGUUGUACAUAGUUUUAAGGAAGGACAAAAAAGAUUCGUACGGGAUUAUUGUAACUAUUGUUCACGGAUAAGAUGUGCUUCUCUCAGUCAUGUUACGAAAUUUUUUCACGCGUUGAAUGCGAACAGAAAAACAUCUUAACAUUUGAGAGAUUUGGAGUUAUAUAAACUUUUUAUAUUAUCCUCCAAAUAUAACUCCAACUGUGCGUACAAAAAAAGAGGGAUAUCUUCUAUUGGUGAUAAGAUCUGUCCGAUGGAUCGAGUUCCAUAUUAAGACACGAUCUCUGUUUCAUAUCAAUUAUUAGUAUAUUGUAAUAAAGCGAUAUAUUAAAAAAAAAAAAACAUGUCCAAAAUAUUUGUCUGUACUUUAAAAGGUAUCAUCAAAAAACA